AUGACUGCUCGCGCCCCGCCCACACGCCCGUCCCGCUGCGGCGCCUGCGCAUGCCGGGCCUUUUUACGACGCCGUAAAGCAGCUCGGCCGAAUCGCCGGCCGCAGUUCCCGCUGCAGGCGCGCCUGGCCGCGCUGGGCCGCCAGGUGGGCGCCCGCGUCCUGGACGCGCUGGUGGCUCGAGAAAAGGGUGCCCGGCGCGAAACCAAGGUGCUGGGCGCGCUGCUGUUCGUUAAGGGCGCCGUGUGGAAGGCGCUCUUCGGCAAGGAGGCCGACAAGCUGGAGCAGGCCAACGACGACGCGCGCACCUUCUACAUCAUCGAGCGGGAGCCGCUCAUCAACACCUACAUCUCGGUGCCCAAGGAGAACAGCACGCUCAACUGCGCCAGCUUCACGGCGGGCAUCGUGGAGGCGGUGCUCACGCACAGCGGCUUCCCCGCCAAGGUCACGGCGCACUGGCACAAGGGCACUACGCUCAUGAUCAAGUUCGAGGAGGCGGUCAUCGCCCGAGACCGGGCCCUGGAGGGCCGCUGACCCCGCGGAGAUAAAGGAUGCUGAGCCGCC